AUUCCGUGAGGCAGAAUGACAGUUGGUGUUAACGGUCCAGAGCUGAGCAGCCAGCGAUGGAGGCCAGUAAAGGAAAGCGGCGACCCCAACCCCAAAAUGCGAUGAAAGAAGAGAAAAAGAGCAUUGAGAAGAGGCGUGGAGUGAAGAGGAGCGCACAGGAGAGGUGCAGAGCGAAGAGGAGCGGAGAGAAGAGCAGAGACAGAAAGAUUGGAGGAGAAAAUAGCAGAGGUGCUGUACCAUCCAGCAGUCCUCAAAAUCCCAACGGGGAAGAUGUUAUCAAAUUCCAGCUCAUUACAAUCAACGAGCUUGGCGAGUAUGAGAACCCCCCGACUGGAGCAGGGAACAGGCCAAGUCUCACUGCAGAGGGUCAUCUGUACAAAAGAGAGAAACCAUCUUCCCCUGAGGCUGUAACUGGCAAGAAAAAGAGGAAACGUCAGAUAAAAGAAGGGACAGGACAGCAGAAGAGGGGGAAACACCAAGAUGAUGAGCAUAGAAAGCAGAAAAGGAGACAUCUGGAUGUGGCCGUGGUCCAAGAGAAGGUCAAGGGCAGUGAUUUCACCCCUCCAUUGGACAGACCAGGAGGCAGCAGAGUCUCCUCAGCCGGCCCCGGCUGCAGAACCCCAUUAUCCAUCGGGCGGUUCAUUUACCACCAAGAGCUCGGCCGUGGCAGCUACGGAAGAGUGUUACUGGCAUCUGACACUGUCACCAGAAGGCAGCUUGCAGUGAAGGUCAUUAAGAAAAGAGUUGUGGUGGAAGAAGAUAUGAUAAGAUCUGUGCUGGUGGAGAGAGAGGCACUGCAGGCUGUCAGGACGCCCUUUGUCGUCCGAGGGCUUUUUGCCUUCCAGACUGAGGAGCUCCUCUUCCUGGGAAUGGAGUAUGCCAAUGGAGGAGACCUUUAUGACCUAUUGGAAAGAACUGGUGCCUUGGACCUAAACACGGCAACUUUCUAUGCAGCGGAGAUUGUGUGUGGACUGGAACAUCUGCAUUCCAAGGGCUACAUCCAUCGAGACAUCAAACCAGAGAAUAUUCUCAUCCAUGGAGACGGCCAUAUUAAGAUUGCAGAUUUGGGCCUUGCAUUAAACAACAUGCAUGAAGGAGACGUCGCCACUGAAUAUGCAGGAACAACAGGCUAUAUUGCCCCCGAGAUGGAAGAUUUCCUCGGGUAUAACACCUCGGCAGACUGGUUCUCAUUUGGAGUUGUCCUAUUCCAAAUGCUGACCGGACAAUCCCCGGAAGAUAGCAGGCUAGUUGGCGUACAGGACUUUUCAUUAGACCCUGAUGCUGAAAACAUCAUUGAAAAGCUCCUGUGUGAAGAUCCUGAUAAGCGUCUGGGUGUGGAUGGUGUAAUUAGAGACCAUCCCUUCUUCUGGAGUAUGGAUUGGGAGAGGCUAGAGGCCCGCAAGAUACCACCCCCAUUCAUACCCAGCAAACCACCUAAGAAGUCGCUUCCACACCUGGCGAUCUCAGAUCUUCUGUCAGCUACACCAUCAGCCUGUGAGUCACCAAUUAGUUCCGUCCACCAGGAACUCUUCUGGGGAUUCUCAUUUGAGACCAGGAUAUAGCUGUCCUGCUGCAGAUUACAUCGGGGAACCCUUCAUGAGCUCUGCUGCACUUGAUAUGGCAUAACAUCACCCAUCCAUUCUCUGAGGCCCUUGUAACCAGUAACUAUAUCAUCUGACGUUUCCUCAGUGAAGAUAAGAUCUUUAAACAUCCUUGCCAUCCUUGCCAUAAUAACAUCAUUUAUUUAAAUGUACACUGCAGUGAGCUUCUGAGCCUCUACGUCCCAAGCUCCAGUAUCCAUCAGAGGAUGAUAGAGAAGUAAGAUCUAAGGAGUGUGAUUGGCCGGCUAUGGGGAAGGUGGAGGCCGGACUUUUUUUUUCUCUAUCAUCCUCCCACAAAGGAGAGGGAUAUAAUAAGUUAUCCAACUAUUAUAAUAUCAUUUAUGUAAAUUUACACUCUGCGUGAGCUUGUGAGCCUCUACAUCCAAAGCUCCAAUAUCCCACUCCCCUUAUACUAUAUAUACAUGUAAUGGCUGCGCUCCCCUGUAAAUUUGUCACAUGUCACUACCAUUUCCAGUAUUCCACCUACUGGUUCUGAGCUCUCAUAUCCCUAUUGUAUUCUAGAUCUAGUUACUUCUGUCUUGUCCUCGAUCGCAGACUCCAGUGUUUACUUUUUUGGAUCUCCCCGUUUUUCCCUGGCACUAUAGUACCACCCUCUUUCUCUUGUUUUCUGUCUUUGAGCAGCUCCUCUCUUCUUUGAGUCUUUCGUUCUAUCGGCAUUGACUCGGGUCACUCAGUCAAAGGUUAAGCUCAUACUACCACCAGUGGCGUAAGUCCUGAUGGCAUCCCAGUACCGGUAGGCACAUAAAGCCUUAUGGGAAAAGCGGCUAUUAUAGGCAAGAAGACCUGCUGGUGAGUUCUACGAGUCUUAACCCAGGGUGUACAAGGGUCACUAUCCAGAAGAUCUUCAGGGGCAACAAACCCUUCUGAUAGAAAAUUCUUCAGUUGUAACAAAAUUUUGUAUACAAAUGAAUUUUAACUUAUAUACCUAUAUAUUUAUUACAGCUCUGCCUAUUAUUACAGAGUAAAUAUAUAAAUUGCAGAUUUUUUUCUCAGAAAUUUUUAAAUUAAAGCACUACA